AUGACUGUCUGCUACGACCACCACUCCUUAUCACGGGGCGCUGCGCCCACUUCAGUCGCCAGCCUCGAAGACAGGUUCGAGGUCCUCAAGGAAGUGGGUGAUGGCAGCUUUGGUAGCGUGGCAGUCGCACGUGUGCGGACUGCUGGUUCCAAUGUUGCACGGAGGGGGACGAUGGUUGCCAUCAAGACGAUGAAGAAGACCUUCGAGUCAUUGGCUCCCUGCCUCGAACUCCGUGAAGUCAUCUUCCUGCGAUCCCUGCCUCCCCAUCCCCACCUUGUUCCAGCCCUUGAUAUCUUCCUCGACCCGCUCUCACGCAAACUACACAUCUGCAUGGAGUAUAUGGAUGGCAACCUUUACCAAUUAAUGAAAGCCCGGGAUCACAAGCCCCUCGAUGGCAAGCAUGUCAAGAGCAUCCUUUACCAGAUCUUGGGGGGUCUCGACCAUAUCCAUGCCCAUCACUUCUUCCAUCGCGACAUCAAACCCGAAAACAUCCUCGUCUCGACAUCCGCCCCUAAUGACUCUGCUUUCAGCCGUUACUCUAACCUCGUCACCCCUCCUUCUACUCCCCCGACAUAUACUGUGAAGAUCGCCGACUUUGGUCUCGCCAGAGAGACUCACUCCAAGCUCCCCUACACGACAUAUGUCUCUACCAGAUGGUAUCGGGCGCCUGAAGUUCUCCUGCGUGCAGGAGAAUACUCAGCACCGGUGGACAUGUGGGCUAUCGGCGCCAUGGCGGUCGAGAUUGCUACCCUGAAGCCACUGUUCCCUGGUGGAAACGAAGUUGACCAGGUCUGGCGUGUUUGUGAGAUUAUGGGAAGCCCUGGUAACUGGUACAGUAAGUCGGGAGCUAAGCUCGGAGGUGGUGAGUGGAGAGAGGGCUCGCGUCUUGCCCAGAAGCUGGGAUUUACGUUCCCGAAGAUGGCGCCCCAUUCCAUGGAAAGCAUCCUUCAGGCGCCCCAGUGGCCCGCCGCUCUUAGCCAGUUCGUCACGUGGUGUUUGAUGUGGGAUCCUAAGAAUAGACCGACUUCGACACAGGCCCUCAACCACGAGUACUUUGCUGAUGCCAUUGACCCAUUGAGACCCAAGUCUUCCACAGCUCGCCUUCUGGGCCGGAAGCAAUCGGACAAGAGCUUCAAGUCCGCCAAUCGUGAUGCGAGUGAAUCUUCGACCUUGUCAUACAAGUCGUCGUGGUUCCGGAGGUCCUUGAUCGGCAGAUCGGAAAGCCCGGUGCCACCUGUGGAGAGUGAGAACUCGUCCAAGCAAUCGGUGGCUUAUUCGGACCUUCAGGCUGGGAAGAGCAAGCCGGCGGCCACGCAAGCCAAUUCGUCUCUCGCCCAUUCAGGCGACAGUGCCAACGCCAGCAAGGCGAGCAAGAAGAUUGGCAGACAGCUUUCUGUCAACUCGCACGGUAAUCACUACGCUGAUAUCCACCGCCAAGAAGCAGAGAGAGCGCUCAAUGGCGGGGGAACCGUGUAUUCCGCAGUGACUCCCAAGGAGAGCUUUUUCUCGCACCUCCGCAAGCGCGCUCGCAGACUAUCCGGUCGCAACCAGGCCAACUCUGGUACUGACGAUGUUGAGGCUAACGCUGGCUGCAUGCCUUGGUCGAAUCGGUCCUCUCUGGCUCUGGACUCCGUCAACAACGUUGGCGAGUCCAAGCAGGGUUCCGAUCUCUCGGAGCUGGACAAGGCCCUCCAGACUGUGAAACAUUCGCUUGACUCGGCCGCCCUUGGCAAUGUUCCCGUGCAAAUCACCUCCCCAAUUGAGAGCACCAAGCGCCAAUCUAUGCCGCAGGGCUCGAUUCGCUCGAUGGGAGAAAGCCCUGUCUCGACCAGCGGCACUGGCGGGCCAAUCUCCAGCCGGACUAGGCGCGCAAUGCAGAUGUCGAACAACCCUAUCCACCGCUAUGAGACUCCUGAAGAGGAGGACGAGCUGCUGGAUGAGGUCUUGCAUUCAGCGAGCAGGGCUGCUAGGCGUUUGGCACAGACCGAAGUGUCAUCGGAAGUUUCGUCGAACUACAGCCGCCCGGCCGUUGGUAACGACAGCUCUCGCCCCCUGCCCAGUCCUUAUCCCACUCCCUCUCCGUCCGCCAAAUGCGAUGGCGUCUGCUUCGGUCACUCCGAUGCAACGCCAUGCAGACGCCUGCCCCUCGCGGAGGAGAAGACGGACGCAAACACCAGUCGCCAAUGGCCAACUCCUCCAUAUGAAGAUGGUGACUGGGCGAAGCCAGCUCCGGCAAAGUUCCUGACGGGCUCAGCAACUUGUCGCUAG